AUGCAGGAACAGGUCGCAUCAGAGUUCGUGCAUUGGUUCCAGCUGCAACAUGGGAACCUCGACACAGAGAAAGUUGGCAUCGUGGAAUUCCCUGAACAUGGACGUGGUGCAAUCGCGCUGCAGGACAUCCCCGAGGACUAUACUCUAUUCACUAUCCCUCGCGAGCUGACGUUGUCAACAAGAACGUGCUCGCUCCCCACUCUCAUGGGCCAAGCGUGGAAAGAGCACGGCCUUCACGAAGGCUGGGCGGGCCUCAUCCUCUGCAUGAUAUGGGAGGAGUCUAGAGGAUCCGACUCGAAGUGGUCCGGGUACCUGGCUACCCUCCCAAGUUCGUUCGACACACCGAUGUUUUGGGGACAGGAAGACCUGAACGAAUUGCAGGGCACUGCUGUGGUAGACAAAGUAGGCAGGGAUGAAGCCGAACGCGACUACCAUGGAAAGCUCGUCCCGGCGAUCACAGGCCGAACAGAUUUAUUCCCUGCAGACAAGCUCUCGCAGUACUUCUCACUAGAGCGGUACCAUCUCAUGGGCAGCCGCAUCCUCUCGCGCAGCUUCACUGUCGAACAGUGGAAAGGCGAGCACCACGAUGGCGGCGAUGAGCAUGACGGGGAUGACGAAGCAGCCGAUACUAGUGCCAUGGAUGUGGACUCUCAAGAGGCCCCCAGCACCGAUGCGGCAGAAACCACGGAGCCCGCGCCAGUAGACGGAAGCGACGGGCCCGAAGAGCUGCAGAUCGAAGGAGAUGGUGAGGAUUCCGACGACGAAGACCAUGAGGAUCCGGGAGACGUCGCUAUGGUGCCUAUGGCAGACAUGUUGAAUGCGCGCUUCGAGUCUGAGAACGCAAAGCUCUUCUACGAUGAGCGGGAGCUCAAAAUGGUCUCUACUAAACCUAUCAAGGCCGGAGAGCAAAUUUGGAACACCUAUGGCGACCCACCAAAUUCGGACCUCCUCAGGAGGUACGGCCACGUGGACCUCGUCCCUCUGAGCGCACCACUCUCGGGCCUGGGCAACCCCGGCGACGUCGUGGAAGUCCGCGCGGACUUGAUCGUGUCCGUCGCGGCAAAAAAGGUCAAACACGACCUCAAAGAGCGCGUCGACUGGUGGCUCGAAGAGGCCGAUGACGACGUCUUCGUGCUGCGCACGGACUGCGAACUCGCAGAGGAGCUUGUCUCGUUCGUCCGUCUGCUGCUGCUCCCGAAAGACGAGUGGGAGAAGGCGGCGCAGAAGAGCAAGCUGCCGAAGCCGAAGCUCGACAAGGACGUGCUCACGAUCGCGGUGGACGUGCUCGAGAAGCGCCUCAAAGACUACCCGACGACGCUGGAGGAGGACGAAGCGCUCUUUGCACCAGAACGCUUUGGAGAGCUUUCGCUGAACAAGAGGCAUGCCGUGGUCGUCCGGCUGGGCGAGAAGCGGAUACUGCGGGGCACGUUGAAGGACGUGCGGGUAAAAUUGAUUGCGAGUUCUGGGACGAGCAGGAAACGCGGGCGGGAGGAAGAAAAGGGCGGGAAGGGUAAGAAGGCCAGGAAGUAG